GUUCGUUCGUUGCUUUCGUUCGGUUUUGAUUCUCCAUUCGGUUGUGUUUCUCAAUUCGAGAACAUUCAUUUAUAAUUUUUUGACUCCUCUGCACCAGUUUUUGUGUUGUAUUCAGUUACGAAUUUGUUGUGUUCUCGGUUUUUUCCAAACUAAAAAACAAACAACAACAACAACAAAAACCAGAACAAGGAACUAGAAAAGAACACACACACACACACACACAAAAAAUACACCAAUAACUGUGCAUGUCGCUCUCUGUGCAAUAAUAAAUCUAUAAUACAUAGAUAUAUAUAUUUAACUAACUAUCGCAACUAUCGUACACUUUCGAUUCGUUCUCAUCAUUAUUAUAAAUAAUUUUUUUUACGUUCGUGUCGGGCCCUGGCAAUUGCAAUAAAACGAAAACACGAAACAACGUCCUAGUCAAAUUUUUGUCACAUUUUUUUUUUUCGUGCAAAAUUUUCUCGAAAAUAUCGUGCAAAGUGUCUGCCAAAUAGCAACCACAACAACAACAGCAACUACUAAAGCAACAACAAUAAUAAUAACAACAACAACAACAACAACAACAGGAGCAGCACUUGCAGCGUCGUUAUUAGACAAAGCCGUCAGAGCGAGACACACGCUGCUCUUUCUCAGCAACAACAAAAAAAAUUGAGUAAAAACGAGCGAGCAAUCGAAUAGCUAUCAUUUAUCAGACAACCGACAAGAACACAAAGAAGAAGAAUAAAAAGAAGAAGACGUAGAGGAAGAAGAAGAAAACUCAAGAGGAGAAUUUAAUACUAUUUGAUCUAAAAACCCAAAAAGGCAAAAAUCAAUAAAAGAAAUAAAUCAAUAAUAAUAAUAAUAAACGAAGAACUUGCGGCAAACAAUUUCACUGGACGUGUGCAAAGCGCAGUCGAAUAAAAACAAAACACAAACACUUAAAAAAAAAAACAAAAAUAUAUUUGUAAGCGUAACCAAACAAGCAGUGAGAUUAAAUACUAAGCACAAGCCACAACCAAAGGACAACAACAACAACAACCAAAAAAACAACCAAAAAAAAAAGCAACUGCAAAAGUUGAACGUUCAUUUAACUGCAAAGUGUCUCGAGUGUCUGUGUGUCUGUAACUGUUAACAGUUACAGUUACAACAGCGUUAACAACAGCAUCAAGAUUAGCACGAAAAGCAGCAACAGCAACAGCAACGGCAACGGAGCCAACAGCAACGGCAACGGUAACGGGAACAGUAACUGCAGCAAAAGCAACAGUAACGAGAGCCUGAACAACAUGACCAACGCCAUGGACAUUGUGAAGAACGGAGGCAGCGCCAACGGAUCCGUUGAUGGCAGCAAUGAUGAGUCGCGUACCAAUUUGAUAGUCAACUAUCUGCCACAAACCAUGACGCAAGAGGAGAUGCGAUCGCUCUUCUCAAGCAUUGGUGAGUUGGAGAGUUGCAAACUGGUGCGUGAUAAAGUCUCAGGUAAUUUGGUCUUGCCAGCAUCAUUGACCGCACUCAAUCCGGCUUUGCAGCAAGGUCAGAGUCUGGGCUAUGGAUUUGUUAACUAUGUACGCGCCGAGGACGCUGAGAAGGCUGUGAACACCCUGAACGGUUUGCGUUUGCAGAAUAAGGUUAUUAAAGUAUCAUACGCCCGUCCAAGUUCAGAAUCUAUAAAGGGUGCUAAUUUAUAUGUAUCGGGUCUUCCGAAAAAUCUAUCACAACCAGACUUGGAGGGGAUGUUUGCAUCGUUUGGCAAAAUAAUUACAUCUCGUAUACUCUGUGAUAAUAUUUCUGGUCUAUCGAAGGGUGUUGGUUUUAUACGUUUCGAUCAACGCAACGAAGCUGAGCGCGCCAUCCAGGAGUUGAAUGGCAAAACUCCGAAGGGCUAUGCCGAACCGAUAACCGUUAAAUUUGCCAACAAUCCAAGCAAUAGCGCCAAGGCCCAGAUCGCCCCACCAUUAACCGCAUACUUGACGCCUCAGGCAGCGGCGGCCACACGCCGUUUGGCCGGUGCUCUGCCAUCGGCCGGUCGCAUAAGAUACUCACCGCUGGCUGGUGAUCUAUUGGCCAAUACGAUAUUGCCGGGCAAUGCAAUGACUGGAUCGGGCUGGUGUAUAUUCGUCUAUAAUCUGGCACCGGAGACCGAAGAGAAUGUUCUUUGGCAACUAUUUGGGCCAUUUGGGGCGGUGCAAUCGGUGAAGGUGAUUCGUGAUCUGCAGACAAGCAAAUGCAAGGGAUUCGGCUUCGUGACCAUGACCAACUACGAUGAGGCUGUGGUAGCCAUACAAUCACUUAACGGCUAUACUCUCGGCAAUCGGGUGCUGCAGGUUAGCUUUAAGACUAACAAAACUAAGACAACUUAAGCUUCGAUUUAGAUUUUUCGUUUUUUUCUUUCUGUUUCCGCGAUCGAAACGCUCUUAAGUAGGUUUUUGUGAUUUUCGUUUCUGAAAUAACCAAAAACUCUCUUUACACUGCAAAAAAAAAGAGAAAAACGAAAACGAACAAAUAAUUAAAUAUAGUCAAGAUAAUGGUAAUGAAUAUGAUAUUGAGACAAAGAGAGAGAGGAAAAUAAACUAUGAAGCACAUUUGUACAUUUGGCAUUUGACAGCGAGUUUGUAGUCAAAAUUACUUAAUAACAUAAUUGAUCAAAGUGUGUGUGCAUACUAAAAAAAGAUGUUGAAACAAAAAAAAAUACUUAUUAACUAUAUUGAUUUAUGAUUGAUUAAUUGACUCGAUGAUUGAUUCGUUAAGCUCAUGAAAUCUUAGCUAAAAUUUAUAUAUUUCUUUUCCUCCAUUUGUUUAUCUCGUGGAACAGCACUACAUAAUCUUAAUUUAAAUUCUUAAAACCACUUGAAAAGAAUACUAACAACUUAAAAAAACAAAGCUUAAAUGAGGCAAAAACCACAAGAAUAAUGACAACAACAACACAACAAAAAAAAAAAGGUUAGAACAACAGACAAAUGUCUAUAAAUUGCAUAAGAAAAGACAAGACAACAAAGUAAAAUCAUUGAAAAAGAUAAAAAAAAAACAAAAAAUGACAAAAAAAAAAAUACUUAAAAAUACCAAACAAUUUAAAUAAAAUAACAUAAUUUUUUUUUAAUUAAAUUUAAAUUAAAUUAAAUUGAAUAUUACAAUUACGUAACUAAAUUAUUUAAUGUUUAUUCAUUUAACUAAGCAAGUAAGUUACCAAACAACAACAACAACAAGAACAAGAACAACAAGUCAAACAAAUACACUUAAUAUAAUUAAAUACUAUUUAUUCAAAAUGGGCCCGCAAUGUGGACUACGCUAUAAUUGCUAUAUAUUGUAUUUGUGUUCGUUAUGCAUAUAACUUAAUUAACGUUAAUUACGAAAUAUAUUAAUUAUAUGAAUUUUCAUUCACUUUAAAUAAUGUUUAUAAUAUGCUUAAAUUCAAUUAGAUUCUAUUCCAUUUGCAUUGAUUUGAACAAAUGAACAACAAACCAACAAACAAAAGCAAAACGUAAAGCCGCGUUCAAUCAAACAAAAAAAAAUACCAAAAAUACGAAACGCAACAAAAGAACAAAUAAACAUACAUACAUCUUACGUACAUCAUACAUCAUACAUACUUAUAACCAUUAUUAUUAUAUAUAUGUAAACGUUUUACUUUCAUUUUUUCGUCGUCGUCUAACUUAAAACUUAAAUGAAGAAAACGUAAACCAAAAAAAAACGCAAAAAAUAUACAAAUAAACAUAUAAAAAAUACCAAAGUAUAUUCAAUAUUGUAUGUGCAAACGGAAA